AUGGCAGAUCAGUCCAGUUCGACCCCUAGCACAGAAACCAAUGGACAUGGUGACACGGUAGCAAAUGGUGUUGAGGACCAAGUGCCCGAACUGCCAGAAUAUCUGUACGCGGCGCUUAACCAGCUAGCCCCGAAGGAAGGUUUCACCGAGGGUAACUAUUCGAUCGCGCUGGAUUUUGGUUCCAGCAAAGGCGAUGGGUUCGUGGGGCAGAUGUUCAAGGCCACCAUCAGUGAGGGGAAUAGAAGCGAAGUGUACUUGUGCAAAAUACCGCCACUGGAUGAUGAUCGUCGUGAGCAGUUCAGCUCGAUGACCGCAUUCGCUCGGGAGGUGCUGGUGUACGAUCGCUUCAUACCAACAAUCUACGAGUAUCAACGGCAGAAGGGUGUUCUUACCGAGGAGGAAGGUUUCUUCCAUACGCCACGAUGCUACUAUGCGCAUUGCGACGAAGUGGCACAAGAAUCGGUCAUCAUUAUGGAAGAUCUUCGAUUGCGUGACUUUCAACUGUGGAACAAGCAUAAGAUCAUCGAUUAUGAUCAUGCGGCACUGUUUAUGGAGCAUCUGGGCCGGCUGCAUGCGAUAUCGCUUGCAAUGAAGCGCGAUCGGCCGGAACAGUUCGAACAGUUUAAGCUACCGAACCCGUUCGAUCCGAUGCUGAAAGCGGAUGGUCCCUUCCGUAAUAUGAUCCUCUCACAGCUGCAAAUGGUUAUCGAUGCAUUGAACGAACAGGAUACGGUCGAGCGGGCCAAGAUGGAACAGUUGAAGGAGGAAGUGUUUGACGAGCUGUUACGAUGUGGCACAGCGGAACUAGCCGAACCGUACGCGGUUGUUGGGCAUGGCGAUUGCUGGACCAACAAUAUGAUGUUCCGAUAUGAGGAUGGCAAAGUGCGGGACAUUAUCUUUUUCGACUGGCAGGUGAUGCGAUACGUUACCCCGGUACAGGACAUUGUGUACUUCAUCUUCUGCUGCACGGAUGAGGAGUUUCGGCGCAAGUAUUACCACGAGAUGAUUGACAUCUACUAUCGAUCGUUAUCGACGAUGUUGGCAAAGUUGCAGCAUGACGUUGGGGAGGUUUUUCCCCGUUCGGUUUUCGAUGAGCAGUUGCGCGUGUUUGGUCGGUACGGUAUACUGAUGGGCAUGUUCUUGGUGCCGAUGAUGUGUACCCGUAACGAGGAACUGCCCGACAUUGAGGCGCUGGCCCACAAGAUGGCAGAAUCGCAGCAGUUGAAUGAAAGUUUCUUCAAGACAACCGAAUCGAAUCAGGAAGCGUACGAAACACGGAUCAGGGGAGUUGUGAAGGAUUGCAUACGGUUUGGAUAUUUUUGA